CCUGUUUUUGGUCUAAAUUUGGAACUGACUGGUCUUAGUUGCUGUGAGCUAGUUUUAUUUAUUAUAUUCGACGUGGCUCAUUCGAGUGAUCAAAGAAGAGCAUAGAGUUUGUGGCGAACGUAAACGCGCAAUCUCAAAAUGGUUCUGUUAACGAUGAUCGCCCGCGUUCAGGACGGGCUUCCCCUCGCAGCAUCGAUGCAGGAAGACGAACAGAGUGGACGAAGCCUGACAGAUUACCAAAAUCAAGCCAAGAUGUUAUUCCGUAAAUUAGAUGAGAAUUCUCCGCUUAGAUGUAGUAUAGAGACAGGCCAAAUGAUGAUAUUUCACUAUCUCAUAGACAGAAGUGUGUGCUAUUUGGUCUUGUGUGAAAAAACUUUCUCAAAAAAGUUGGCAUUUGCAUAUUUAGAUGACCUUCAAAAUGAGUUUUACGGCCAGUACGGACGAAGAGUCGGCAUGGUUUCCAGACCUUAUAGUUUUAUCGAAUUUGACACAUACAUGCAGAAGACGAAGAAACAAUACAUGGACUCCAGGACGCGGAGGAAUAUCAAUGUUUUAAAUAAUGAAUUGCAAGAUGUCCAGAGGAUUAUGGUUCAAAAUAUAGACGAUGUGUUGCAACGAGGUGUCGCUUUAUCAGUUCUUGAUGACAAAGCCAGUAAUCUCUCAAGUUUAUCGAAGAAGUACAAACAGGACGCCAAAUAUUUAAACAUCCGGUCGACGCACGCAAAGAUUGCAGCAAUUGUUGUGAUUGUGAUAAUGAUUUUCGUCUACAUUAGAUACUGGUGGUUUUAACUGGAUACGCUAAAAUCCUAUACAUUCAACUGUUAUGGUCCCAUCAAUCAGUCUUGCGAUCUUACAGUUGACACCUCCUGCAGAAAAAAACGCUAUGGUUUCUAAGCACUUGAUUCAAUCACUUAUUAGUUGCCGUGGUUACCUUGCGAGUAUCAACACUGUAAGACUGACUUUAAUAAUUUGCUUGUAUGUAAUGUGAAAUGAAAUAAGAGAUGAAAACAUAGGAGAUUCGUUAAUUUCAUAUCCUGUUUCCGAUCGCUAUGGAAUCCACAAAUGUUUUGUGAGAAUAUUUAGGGUCUCAUCCAGGGUCUAGAAGAUGGGUUGUCUAUUUCAUCACACAAAUUUCAACUGUUUUUUUAUUAAUGUUUAAAUAAUUCGCUGCCUUUUGACUGGUUUGUGAUUACAAUUUUAUUAAGCAAUAGAUGCUAAAAAAACCAAAUUGAAUUGAAUGACUGAGUCAUUUAUCUUCAUGGAAACUAAUAUGGAUAACGAGUUGUUUUAUGUAUGUAUCAUUGUGUGUAACGUAACAUCCUUGUUCAGGUGUAGUGGCCAUUGUGGAGGUACGGUAAAUCGUAAUGUUGAGUGUUUUAAAGUAGCGUGGAUCAGGGGGUACAUAUAUAAAUAAUGACAGUUGUUCUUUCUAUGCGAGCGUAUACGUUUUAAAUGUGAGAUCAGCCAAUCACCUACAUGUACGCCCUACCUCAAUCCUCCCUAAAUAACCCUCGUCUGAUUGGCUAACUUAUGUCUGCACUACUCGGCUUUGUAAAUUUUGUUCUCAUCUAGCUCUACAGUACUCGUAAUAGAAAAGAUGUUUGUAUCAUGUCUUGUUUCCUCACAUGAAAUUUGAAACUCGAUAACUGGAAAUUUAACAAUGAACUGGGUUUGAAGUUUUUUUUAGUUGGAAAUUUUAAUACCGACUCUCUGUUGAUAUGUUCAUCGAAUUGUUGUUCAUUAUAAUUGUGUUCAAGGCAUUCACAUCUCGCCAUUUACCUUUCCCUGGAUUGACUUCAUACAGAGUAUUUUGGGACAGUUUGCAUAAGAUUCAACAAUUUACUGGAAUUACAUGUUCAUUAACGAUGGCGAGAUGACAACGAUCAGCACUGAGAUUGCAUCGUGAUGUUGGUCGUACAGAUACAGAUGCCGCCGCCUCUGUAUUUCAGUCGCCUGGUGAUAUUCAGCAUACGCUUAUCCUGAAUAUGACAAUAUCCUGCAUUGAAUCGCUUUUUAGAAUUAUAUAUCAGUCAGUCCACAUCUGGUGUUACAGAGACUUUGUGGAUGCAAUUUCAAAUAAAAAUGUCAACCCUG